AUGGUGGAAACAAUUGAAACUUCCGGAUCUAAGGCUUCCCAGAUUGCAUCCUCUAAAAUGGUUGAUGGUAGUCAUCCUUACUUCCUCACCUCUUCAGAUUCACCUGGGAUGAACCUUAUAAAUAUUAAUUUUGAUGGAACAAGUUAUGGUAAUUGGAAAAGGGGAGUCUUGAUCUCACUUUCUGCGAAAAACAAGUUGGGAUUCAUCAAUGGGGGAUGUAAGAAACCAGCAGAAGACUCACCUUUGUUUGAGCAAUGGAGAAGGUGUAAUGACAUGGUCUUGGCCUGGUUACUGAAUUCUCUUAGCAAGGAGAUAGCAGAGAGUGUGAUUUACUCUCAAACGGCUGAGGAUCUCUGGAAUGAACUGGAGCAAAGGUAUGGCCAGACAGAUGGCACCAAAAUGUUUCAGUUGCAGAGGGAACUGAACAACAUCUCUCAAGCAACCAGUGAUGUGGCCGGAUACUUCACAUGGCGAAAAGGAUCUGGGAUCAAAUGA